ACCGGGGGACCCUCUCCUCGCCACCCACGGGCAGCAUGUGCGCGGGCUCGGCGCUGCGGCAGGAGUACGGGCAGGAGUACCGGCGCUGCCUGGAGCGGGAGUUCCGGCGGGGCCGCGGCGGGGUCUGCUCCGACCCCUCCUUCGGGGAGCGGCUGCGGCAGCGGCUGCGGUCGGAGCCGGCGCUGCUGGGGGCCCUGCAGGAGGACGCGCCCGCCCUGCUGGCCCGCGGGCUGCGGGGCCGCCCCGACCCGGGGCCGGCGCUGCGGGGCCUGGCCGGCGCCUUCCGGCUGCUGGAGCUGGCGGCCGUCAACCUCUACCUCUUCCCCUGGCGCAGGGAGUUCGGCACCGUCCAGACCUUCUCCGGCGCGUACGUGCACUUGCUGCGCCCGGCGCUCCCCGAAGCCGACUUGGUGCGGAGCUUCGGCCGGCUGGGCUACGAACGGCGCGACCCGCACUGCCUGGCCAUCUCCCGGCCGCCCCCGGGACCCGAGCUGGUCGCCGCCGCCUGCGGCUUCUUCGCCUGCCGGUUGGAGUGUGAGAUCCUGGCGGAGGUGGUGCUGCGGCUGCAGCCGCGCCGGCUGCGCGCCGAGGACCUGCUGGAGGCACGCCGGCUAGCCGGGGACGCGGAGGCCUGCGUGGAGAUGCUGCGGCGGCUGGGGACGCAGCGCGAGGCGGCUGCCCGCUGUGGUGACGGCGUGGAUCUCUACCGGGAGAUGCUGGCCGGUCCCGAGGACACCGGGGGAGAGGACGCAGCCCCCCCAGCGCUGUGGAGGGACCCUGGCAGCCCGCGGGGUGCUCAGGACGUGCCCGGGCGGGGCUGGGACCGCAGCAGAGAUGGCGAGCGUGGGCAGGAGCCGGUGCCCUCCGUGGGCAACCCUCACCUGGACGCCUCUUCUUCUUCCUCCUCCUCUCGCCUCUUCCUGGAGCAGGAGCUUGGCGGGGCCGGCGGCCCGCUCUCCACCCUAGCCAUGGGGAGCAGAAGCCCCCAGGUGCCGGGGGAACCCCAGGAUUCGCCCCCCGCCACGCCCCAGGAAGCCCCCGAGCUGCCCUGCUACCAGCUGCACUCCUGCCUGCGCCGGGGCACGCUGCCCUCCUACUGCUGCACCACCUGCCAGCAGCUCCACGCCGGUGCCUGCGCAGCCGGGCAGGUCUGCCGCACCCGCCACCGCGGGCAGGAGCUGCGCAGCGAGAGGCAGCAGCGGCUCUGGCUGCAGCGGACAGAGGUGGACAUGCUGCUGGCCGACAGCUCCGGCCCUCGGUCCUAGCAACCCUGGGGUGCUGCCACUGGCUGCGCCCGUCCCCCUGCGGCCGGAAGGGGAUGGGGACAGCCACCGCUCAGCCCAAGGGACACCGAACUCGUCCCCCUGGGAGGUAGCGGGGCCUGUGCCGUGCUCUGCUUCACCCUCGGGGCGGUAGGAGCCUGCCGGGCUGCGGGAGGACGGGCCCCUGCUCCAGCCCCGGUGUUCCCGCUGUAAACUGCUCGGUGCAUCUCAGUAAAGCGCGGCUGCCUCA